CUUGUCUCGCUGACGCUUAGUGUGCUGCCAAGAGUUGCAUGUUGCGCACAAAGUUCCAGGUUCUUAACGAGGCAAGUGGUACUCUCCGCUUGCGGGCCACAAGGAAUUCCACUUUGAGCAAAGAUUCAAUCAAUUGCGCUGUUUCCAAAACUCAAUUAAAGCCGAAUGAAACCCAAGUUACCCAACCUUGCCAACCAACCCCCAUCGUCUGUUGUAUUGGUCCUGUUAUUCCUUAUCUUUUUUUUUUCUUUUCUUUCACUGAACGUUUCGUUUCGAGUUUGUUUUGACUCGAGAAAUUUCUUAAGCAGCAUUCAUCUCCUUGCAGCUUUAACCUUACCUUAACCUAGCUUACUCGUAUGGUCACCCAGCUUCGACAAAUAACGAGCAAAGGAAACCAAAAUUGAUCAAUUUUGGCCCCCGGCAGGUUAGGCGCAUGAUACUUUCUUCUGACGGGUAGCAGAAACAAAAGGGCCAUGGAUGUCUUCGAUCCGAACGUCGCGCAACUUCUUGCAACCACCAGCGGGCAGUCCACCUCUCCGUUGGGGUCAGAAGUAGAAGUGGGGUUGCAGUCAGGUACAGGCGAGGGGCCCGAAGCCUCGUUGGGUGGUGGUGAAUCGUCGUCAUCGCACGGCGGCGCGCCAUCGGUGCCCGCCGCAUGUCUAGCGUGUCGCGGCAAACAUUUGAAAUGUGACGGCGCAACACCAUGCUCCCGCUGCGUGGCUUCUGCCUCGGAGUGCGUCUAUAUCGCAUCGCGGCGUGGGUACAAGGGCCCUCGGAAGAGUAAUGUGGCACACAAUCCAAACAAGCGCUUUGCCUCGUCGCCAACUCCAGGGUCCGCGCCAGAAGAAGACUCAUGCCCAAUGCUUCUCGGCGCGAGCCCAUCAGGCAGCACCAUCACGGCUGGUUCCUAUACCCAGGCGCCGGCUCUGGCGCAGUUCGUCGCGCCCCCGGUGGGGGCCAACAUGCAGCUGUACAGAAACCCGUUCCUGGGCGGCGGCAACGCCAACAACGCCGGCUCGCAGAUGCGAAGCCACUUGAGCAUUCCCGAGCGCUGCCUCACCUCCUUUUACCAAAACUUCCACGCCUCGCACCCUUGCGUGCUGCCCAGAGAUGCCCUCGAGAGGGUCAUCAGGGAAGGGCCGGCCAAGCUCGAACAUCUCCUGGCCGCCAUGCGGUACAUUGGUUCCCUGUACCUUGACGCCGGCCCCGCUAGGGCCCAGUACUUUGAGGAGGCCGUCAGCCUUGCCUACCAUCCUGGCUGCCCAAGGGAUGGAUUCCUUGCUCAGACGCUGCUGCUGCUUUCCAUCGGGCAGGACGGUAGCUGCAACCAAGCGCGGGCGAACCAGUUCAUGGGCGACGCGGAGCGGCUCGCCGUAGAGAUUGGACUCAACACUCGCCAGUUCGCCACGGCCAACGGGCGCGGCAGCUCUGUCGUCGAGGAGAGCUGGCGCCGCACCUGGUGGGAGCUGUACGUGGUCAAUGGCAUGAUCGCCGGCGUUCAUCGCAUCACCAAUUUUGCGCUUUAUGACGUCGCCGCCGACGUCGGUCUCCCCUGCGAAGAGCACCAGUACUUGUCAGGGAAUAUUCCCAUGCCCAUGUACAUGGAAGACUUUGACGAUCAGCUUUUCUCAGGCGAGGAUCGCGAGUUUUCGUCCUUUGCGUAUCGAAUCGCGUCGGCUCGCAACCUCGGCAGAAUGAUGAGGACUCCGCCGAUGCUAUCGCCUGAUGAUGACAACCUCGCCAAGCUGGAGGCAUUGCUCACCAACUGGAAAAUGCAUCUUCCGCGCAGUAGACAAGAUGCGCUCAACAAAAAAUGCCAGCUAGACGAGAUGAUGUUCCAGGCGUUGUUUAUCAACCAUGCCUGCACUAUAAUGCUCCACCAGCCUCAUUCCCAGCUGGACUCGUCCCCAUCCCGCAGCGUCACAUCGUGCGCGCCGCACAUGCCCGUGUCGAGCGGAGACGCCUUCAACACCCACACUCGACACACGGUGACGGCAGCAUGCGAGGUGUCUAGGAUGGUGACGCACGCGGUACCGCUCCUUUCGCACACGCACUUCUUCACGUGUGUGCUGACGCUCUCGUCGAUUGUGCACCUUAACAAGUGGGCCCUGUACUUUUUGCAGGACGAGGACGACCUCCGCCAGCAGAUCCGCCUCAACAUCGGCGCUCUGCAGCGCAUCAGCGCCGUAUGGCAAAACGCCGCCAAAGCCGGCGGUCAGGUCAGAGGCGUCGCCCAGGAGAUCUACCGCGCGAAGAAGGCCCAGCAGAUCAGCCCGGCCUUUUGGGUUGCCUUCACGCAGGAGCAGAUGCUUAGUAGUUUGAAUGCUGACGAAGGCAUCAUGAACGACUUUGAAUCCAUACUGCCCGCGGCGCAGGUCACUCAGCCUUGAAGGGGUUUGUGAUCAGGAGUAGCAAAGCUGGAUUUUGGCGUUUUUAAUUUGCUAUAUUGAACUGGGAGAGCUCGGCUGUUUCUUGUUGUAUCUUUUUAUUUCUUUUCCUCUUUUUCGCUCUUCUUGGAUCAUAUUUUGAUCUAUCCAUCUGCGCUUACUAUCACUCACUAAUAGCACCAUGUGUGUCCUGGAGACAAUUUGGUCUCAACUUGACACAUGGCAUGCAUGCCAUGUACAGAAAAAUUCCCGAAGAGCGUGUCUUAGUGAUAGGGACAGCAUUUGCUAUUCGCCCUAUAGGAAGGGUAAUCUUGAGUCAUGGUGGUGGUAUUUUCCUUUCUUCCUAGACAUCUCCCCACUGUCAUCGGCGACUUCCAGGCAGGGCUGCGAAAAUGGGUACGUACCCGACUGCAGUGAG